UCUUGAUACUUGCUUCUUCUACUCCUAUACCAUUUCAACUAUCUUUCUCUAUCUUUAUAUAUCAUUCUCUAUAUAACACAAACAAACACAUAUAUCCUUAAACAAUAUAAAUGGGAUCAAUAAGCAAAGAGAUAUUACACGAUGUUCCACCAUACAUAAGAGUAUAUCAAGAUGGCACCAUUGAAAGACUAGUUGGUUUUGAAGUUGUCCCACCUGGCUUUGAUUCCAAAACCGGAGUUACAUCCAAAGACAUCAUAAUCUCGCCGGAAAACGGCGUCUCCGCCAGGCUUUACCGUCCAACUCUCACUUCCACCACCCAAAAACUCCCUCUAGUUAUCUACUUUCAUGGUGGAGCUUUUUGUAUUGGAUCACCUGGUGAACCAAAGUACCACCAAUCUUUGAAUAACCUUGUUUGUGAAUCACAUGUAAUCGCGGUGUCGGUUGACUACCGGUUACUCCCCGAACACCCUUUAUCAGCGGUGUUCGAGGACUCUUUAUUUGCUCUUGGGUGGGUUUCCAACACCACCGAAGAGUGGAUAAAGGAAAAUGUUGACUUUGGUCGUGUUUUCCUUGCGGGAGAUAGUGCGGGGGCUACUAUAGCUCACCAGCUAGCUAUCCAGGUCGGGUUAAAACCUGACCUGGAUAUUAGUUAUAAAAUAUCGGGUAUUAUUUUAAUAAACCCGUAUUUUUGGGGAAAGGAUCCAAUUGGGUCGGAGAUAACGGAUCAUUUUAGAAAGGCUAUGGUGGAUAAAUGGUGGGAAUUUGUUUGCCCAUCGGAUUCGGAUCUUGGGUUAGACCACCCGUUGAUUAACCCGUUUGUUGCUGGGGCUCCGGAUUUGUCGGGUUUGGGUUGUGGUCGGGUUAUUGUUACGGUUUCAGAAUUGGAUAUUUUGAGGGAUAGAGGAUGGGCUUAUUAUGAGAAAUUAGUGAAGAGUAAAUGGGAAGGGAAAGUUGAGAUGGUGGAAAUAGAGAAGGAAGAUCAUGUGUUUCAUAUUUUUGACCCGAAUGGUGACAAGGCUGUAAAUUUGAUGAAAAGACUGGGUACCUUCAUAAACCAAGAAUAAUUAAUUUGUCACAUUGUGAUUAUUAAAACAAAAAGUUACAAGUUGGCAAGUUAUGUGUAUGUGUUUGUUGUUCUAUGGAUAAGCGGAUUGUGAUUAGGGAGAUGAAAUUUCAUAUGUUUUAGUAUCAUUAUUAUCCAAGAAUUGUUUCAUGUGUUUUUCUCUAUUGUUCAAAAACGCAUGAACAAUUUUAAGUUAAGAAUAAAUGCAUAUCGUUAAUUUCUAGUCGUA